CUCGGUCUCGGGCGAAGCUGGGAAGCGCAUGACCGCCAAGACGAGGCUGCUGCGCUACGACACGUUUGCGUUGGCAGCAUUGCGGCGCAAAGUGCACAGCUAUUUCAUGCGCAAUGAACUGCCUACUGCCGAGAAGCUACGCAACGACGUGAUCAGCGACACUGACAUGGACAUGCCGACGAUCAGCACUCGCACGAUGCAACGAAUGCUGAACGACUUGGGGUUCCUCUUCCGAAAGAGAAAAAGGAAUUCCGCAUUGCUCGAACGAGACGACAUCGUUGCUUGGCGUCGAAAGUACCUCCGUACAAUCCGAGAAAUGCGGAGGCAGCAGCGGACCAUAUACUACCUUGAUGAGACCUGGGUAAACGCUGGCCACACUAAGGAGACCGUAUGGACAGACACCAAAGUGAUGUCCCGGCAAGACGCAUUUCGUCAAGGCCUCUCAACAGGUCUCCGUGCACCGAGCGGUAAAGGAGGACGCCUAAUUGUUUUGCAUGCUGGCAGUGCGGAAGGCUUUGUUGAUGGAGCCGCCCUAGUUUUUCGUGCCAAGAAGGGCGCUGGUGAUUACCACGCAGAAAUGGAUGCUGCGCGUUUUCCAAAAUGGUUUGUUGAACAGUUGCUACCAAACAUCAAGCCACGCAGUGUGAUUGUGAUGGAUAAUGCGUCCUAUCACAGUGCUCAAGUUGAAAAGGUGCCAAGUUCAUCAUCAAGAAAAGCCGACAUCCAGUGCUGGUUGAAAUCGAAAAGUAUCCCUUUUUCGGAUGACUAUCUGAAGAGCGAACUGCUGCAGCUCGUUAAGCAGAAUAAGCACAUGUUCCUUGCUUACCAGAUUGACACACUUGCCAGCGCUGCCGGUCAUGAGAUUGUGCGCUUGCCUCCUUACCACUGUGAGCUCAAUCCAAUAGAGCUCGUGUGGAGCCAGGUCAAAGGCUAUGUUGCUUCAAAGAACACUGACUUCAAGAUCGAUUCAGUCGAGCAGCUGUUGCUGGAAGGAAUUGCAGGUGUGACCCCGCAGAACUGGUUCCGAGACUGCAAUCACGUGAUAAAGCUUGAGGAUGAGACAUGGGAGCGGGAUGGCAUUAUAGACAGCCAAACAGAAAGUCUUAUAAUUUCUUUGGGCACAGAUUCGAGUACUUCUGAUGAGUCAAGCAGCUCUGACAUGAGCGGAAUCGAUGAACUGCCAUGAGCAUCUCCAUGUGUGCUUUUUCAAAGCUUCAGCCAAAAGGUUGCACGCGUGCCUAACCAGAAACUGUGAUAUUGCUUGUGAGGUCCAUUUGUCACUGCUAUUUAGUUACUUUUUAUUUCUUAUUGACUUCAUUUUAAUUUAAUCUGCUGAUCUCUCUAUGUUUCGUUGCACUUCGUGUAUGUUCUGGUUACAUUGCCGUGGUGUGAUGAUAAUUGUUGGGAUAUUGUGUGCCAAAACAACGAUGUGGUUAUGCGACAUGCCGUGCUAGAGGGUUGCACAAGUUUUGACCAUCCGGUGUUGUUUAACAUGCACCGAAACAUAAGUACACGGACGUCUGGCAUUUCUGAUCCAUCGAAAUGCGACAGGCUCAAACCUGUGCGUUUUGUGUCAGCGGCCGUGUGCUGUGCACUGUACUGUCACAGCGGCUCUGAUGUGAUCAUGUAUCACAGCCAUGAACUUUUACAUUAUACGCUGCAUCAGCGAAAACCACAUUUCUUAGUUGAGGAUUGAAGUGUUCAAAAUUGUGUUCAUUUUUCUGUGUGAUGUCAUGCCAGUAGUGCUUGAUGCCUUGUUUCAUUGCUGUCUCAAUGGGACCUGAUAGUGUGAUACUGC